UCUCUUACAGAGGACAUGCUGUGUUGUUCAUCUACUCCAGGCUAGAAGAAAAGGAGGAAAGGAGAGGAAUUGCGAUCCACAGUAGAAGCCUGAGCGCAAACUAGAAAUCAUGUUGGAAGAAUUCUGCAAUUCUACCUUCUGGAAUGACUCAUUCCUGGACCGCCCAGAUGCCGACUUUCCUCUGUGCUUUGAACAAACUGUUCUGGUCUGGAUCCCUCUGGGCUUCCUUUGGCUUCUAACUCCUUGGCAUUUUUUCCACAUAUAUAAAUCCAGAACCAAGAAGUCAUCUUUAACCAAGCUCUACCUAACCAAGCAGGUGCUUGUUGUGUUACUACUCAUUACAUCAGUCAUAGAACUUGCCUUAAGCCUUGUUGAGAGCUCAGGUCAGACCACUCUUCCAGCUGUAUACACUAAUCCAUGUCUCUACAUAGUCACCUGGAUCCUGGUUUUGGUGACCCAUCACUUCAGGAGAUGGUGCGUGAAGAAGGACUCUUGGAUACUGUGUAUAUUCUGGGUUUUCUCUAUGGUCUGUGGAGUUUUCCAGUUCCAGACUCUAAUCCGGAUCCUCUUAAAGGGAAACAAUUCCAAUCUUGCUGGAUUCUGCCUGUACUUCAUCUCCUAUGGUAUUCAGGUCCUUAUGCUGAUAAUUUCAUCCAUUUCAGAGACAACUCCAGAAACCAAAGCAUCAUCAAAUAAUCCAUCAGCCACUGCCUCAUUUCUCAGUUCCCUUACCUUUACUUGGUUUGACAGUAUCAUUUGGAAAGGCUAUAAACAUUCCUUGACCUUGGAAGAUGUCUGGGAUUUGAAUGAGGAACAGAAAACCCAUGAAAUCUCUAAGAUAUUCACAAAGCACAUGGAAACAGAGAUGAAGAAAGCCAAGCAGGCGUUGCAGAAACGGUGUCAGAAGAGGAAAUCCCAGGACACAUCUGAAGCCAGGAUGAAUGGUCCAAAUGCUAGUCAGAGCCAAGACAACCUUGUGUUGGAAGACAUGAAACAGAAAAAGAAGAAGAAAGGGUCAGAAUCUGGAACUACACAAGACUUUGCCAAGUCCUGGUUAGCCAAAGCUCUGUUUAAAACUUUCCGCGGUGUUUUGAUUAUGUCCUUCAUAGCCAAGGUGAUUCAAGACGUCCUGGUGUUUCUGAGUCCUCAGCUCCUAAAGCUGAUGAUCUCAUUUGCUAGUGACUCCUCAGCAUAUGCGUGGGAAGGCUAUGGGUAACACUGCCUCUUUUUUGUGGUGGCCCUCAUUCAGUCCUUCAGCCUUCAGUGGUACUAUCAGUAUUGCUUCACCCUGGGCAUGACUGUGCGCACAACCCUCAUGGCUGCUGUGUAUAGGAAGACCUUAACCAUCUCCAGGCAAUGCCCGAACAGUACACUGUUGGUGAAAACAGUGAACCUGAUGUCUGUGGAUGCUCAGCGAUUUAUGGAUGUGACCAACUUCAUUCACCUGCUGUGGUCAUGCCCUUUCCAAAUUGUGUUAUCCAUUGUCUUCUUGUGGAUGGAGCUAGGACCCUCAGUCCUUGCAGGUUCUAGGGGUAAUGAUACUACUUAUCCCCGAUUAAUGCAUUUUCUGGCCACCAAAAGCAGAGCAAUUCAGGUUGAGAACAUGAAGAACAAAGACAAGCGUCUGAAGGUUGUGAAUGAGAUUCUCAGUGGAAUAAAGAUCCUGAAAUACUUUGCCUGGGAGCCUUCAUUUAUAGAGCAGAUCCAGGGGAUCCGAAAGAAGGAGCUGAAGAACUUGCUAUCAUUUUCUCUGCUGCAGUCUGUUGUUGUAUUCAUCUUCAGCCUGGCCCCUGUGCUGGUAUCAGUUGUCACUUUUACUGUCUAUGUUCUGGUGGAUAAGAAUAAUGUUUUGGAUGCACAAAAGGCCUUCACUUCCAUCACUCUGUUUAACAUACUCCGCUCCCCCCUAACCAUGCUCCCCACAUUGAUUUCUUCUAUACUCCAGGUUAGUGUUUCUGCUGAUCGCUUGGAAAGGUACUUGACUGGAGAUGACUUGGAUACAUCCAGCAUUCGAAAUGAUGCCCAUACUGACAAAGCUAUUCAGUUCCAUGAGACCUCCUUUACCUGGGACCAGAAUGUCAGCCCAGCUAUCCAAAAUGUCACUCUGGACAUUAAGACAGGCCAACUGAUUGCUGUGGUGGGGGCCGUUGGCUCUGGGAAAACCUCCCUGAUAGCAGCCAUGUUGGGAGAAAUGGAGCCCAUCCAUGGGCACAUCAAUAUCAAGGGCUCCAUAGCCUAUGUCCCUCAGCAGUCCUGGAUCCAGAAUGGCACUGUAAGAGACAACAUUCUCUUUGGAUCCCCAUUGGAUGAAAAGAGAUACCAACAGGUUCUAGAGGCCUGUGCUCUCCUCCCAGAUUUGAAAGUGCUGCCUGGAGGGGACCUCGCUGAGAUCGGAGAGAAGGGCAUAAACCUCAGCGGAGGGCAGAAGCAGCGCAUCAGCCUAGCCAGAGCUGUCUACAGCAAUUCAGACAUCUACAUUUUGGAUGAUCCCCUCUCAGCUGUAGAUGCUCAUGUAGGGAAGCAUCUUUUCAAAAAGGUCAUUGGCCCAAAUGGGUUAUUGAAGGACAAGACUCGACUCUUGGUGACACAUGGCAUUCACUUCCUUCCCCGUGUGGAUGAGGUUGUGGUCUUGGUGAAUGGCAAGAUUGUGGAGAAAGGAUCCUACAAUACUCUGUUGGCUAACAAAGCAACAUUUGCCAAGAAUCUGAAGCUAUAUGACAGGCAGGGCAGCUCAGAAGGAGAAGCCACAGUUGGUGAUGAAAGGGAAGAUGAAGAUGACACUGGAUUAAUACCAAGCAUAGAAGAAAUUCCUACUGAGGCGAUCUCCUUGACCUUAAAAAGAGAGAAUAACUUUCAACGAACACUCAGCCUAAGAUCCAGAUCUGAUAGCAACAGACAUCAAAAGUCUCUUCGAAGUUCCUUAAAAAUUGGUGAUAUGAAGACAAAGCAAAAAGAAAAUCAAAAGAUGGUGAAAGGACAGAAACUAAUUGAGAAAGAAACGGUAGAAACUGGAAAGGUGAAGUUUUCCAUAUUCACGAAGUACCUGAAUGCAAUGGGAUGGUGGUUUUUCACCUUCAUCCUCUUUGCUUAUGUGGCAAACUCUGCAUCUCUCAUCGGGUCCAACUUCUGGCUCACUGAAUGGACCAAUGACGCCCAAAGAUACUGGAACCAAACCUAUCCAGCCUCUCAGCGGGAUUUGAGAAUUGCAAUCUAUGGAGUUCUAGGAUUUGCUCAAGGUUUCUUUGUGCUUUUGGCAAGUCUUCUGACUGCCUAUGGUGCCGUAUCUGCUUCCCAAGGCCUGCACGAGCAACUGCUGGACAACAUCCUUCGAGCACCCAUGAGCUUUUUUGACACAACACCCACAGGCAGGAUUGUGAACAGGUUUGCAAAUGAUAUUUCUACAGUGGAUGACACCCUCCCUAUGUCCUUGCGGAACUGGAUCACUUUCUUCUUUAGCGUCAUCAGUACUCUGAUCAUGAUCUGUAUGGCUACCCCAGUUUUUGGCAUCAUCAUCAUUCCUCUGGCCAUCAUUUAUAUCUUAGUACAGAGGUUCUACGUGGCCACCUCCCGCCAGCUGAAACGUCUAGACUCUGUCACCAGGUCUCCAGUAUACUCCCACUUCAGUGAAACAGUGUCUGGUUUGCCCAUCAUCAGGGCCUUUGAGCACCAGCAGCGUUUUCUGAAGCACAAUGAAAAUAUAAUUGAUAGCAACCAGAAAUGUGUCUCUUCCUGGAUCAUUUCCAAUAGGUGGGUGGCGAUUCGACUGGAGCUGGUUGGAAACCUGGUGGUAUUCUUUUCUUCUUUGCUGAUCGUCAUUUAUAGAAACAACCUGAAAGGGGACCUCGUGGGCUUGGUGCUUUCCAACGCACUCAAUAUCACACAAACUCUGAACUGGUUGGUGAGGAUGACGUCUGAACUGGAGACCAACAUUGUGGCUGUUGAGCGUAUCAAUGAGUACAUCAGAGUGAAAAAUGAGGCCCAGUGGAUAACAGAGAAGAGGCCUCCAGAUGAUUGGCCCAGCAAAGGGGAGAUCCAGUUCACUGAUUACCAAGUGCGCUAUCGUCCUGAGCUGGACCUGACAUUGAAGGGCAUAACCUGUAACAUUGGGAGUACUGAGAAGGUUGGCAUAGUGGGCAGGACAGGGGCUGGGAAGUCAUCCCUUACCAACUGCCUCUUCAGGAUCUUAGAGGCUGCAGGAGGCCAGAUCACAAUCGAUGGAAUAGACAUUGCCUCCAUUGGGCUGCAUGAUCUCCGAAACAAACUAACCAUCAUCCCUCAGGAUCCCAUCCUGUUCUCUGGAAGCCUGAGAAUGAAUGUGGAUCCUUUCAACAAAUACUCUGAUGAAGAGAUCUGGAAGGCUCUGGAAUUGGCUCACCUGAAGCCCUAUGUGGAAGGCUUGCCUCAGGGUCUGACCUAUGAAGUGAGUGAGGCUGGUGACAACUUCAGUGUAGGGCAGAGACAGCUUCUGUGCCUGGGCCGUGCUCUGCUUCGGAAAUCAAAGAUUCUCAUCAUGGAUGAGGCCACAGCUGCUGUAGAUCUUGAAACAGAUAACCUAAUCCAGGCCACAAUCCGGAAAGAGUUCUCUAAUUGUACAGUCAUCACCAUCGCCCAUCGCCUCCACACAAUUAUGGAUAGUGACAGGGUUAUGGUAUUGGAUAGAGGGGAGAUUGUAGAAUAUGACAGCCCUGAUAAACUCCUGCAGAGGUCUGGUCCUUUUUACUUCAUGGCCAAGGAUGCUGGCAUUGAAGGUUCCAACACAUCACUUUAGUGAUGUACAAGUUAUGUGAGGCUACACAAAGGCUGAUGUAAAUAAACAAGACUGUACAAAGGACAUUGGCUUCUGAGCUGGACCACCUGGAUCUUCACCAUCAUUGAGCUGUCCCCCAGAGCCAAGGCAGCAAAAUCCAUACAUUUGGCCCUGGCCCUUCUAUGUUGGUUUUGUGAAAAUUCCCACAAUAUACAGAAGGGAUUAGAAGUGAUGGAGGAUUGAUACCUUGGGUGGCACCUGCUCUAGAAUGCUGAACAACACCUUGAGCACAGUACCUAGCAGGUAGUAGGUACUUAAUAAAUGCCUGUUAAUUAAGGGAGUGUUGGCCUCCCAU